AGUUGAAUAUUCAGAGCUGGGCCCAUCCCUGGGACUUCAUCUUUCCCCCUCACGUCGACGAGCUGCGCCUAAGCCCCGUUUGCGCGAGCUUGUGUCUGUCGCCGCGAGUAGUGCUGGUCUCACCGCUCUUUUGGCAAACUCGGCCUUGGUGUCAACGCGGCCUCCGUCCAAGCGGCGACGACGAAGGAUGAAGCCCUUGGCAAGAGAGAGGAGGAGACAUCAGUCGCGACUUGGAUCAAGCCCGGUUCCCUGUGUCGGCACACUGGUAGCCGCCAACUGGCGGUCCCACACGGGGGUGAGGUUUCUUCGCAGUCAUCGCUAUUUCGACGGGUCCUCGGGGAUUUGGACUGAGAGCACAGCAAGUCGCAUGAACGGCGCCAUGCAGGCGCACUCAUCAGUAGCUGCGAGCUGUCGCCAGUGCGACGCACAGCAUGCAGGCGUGCAUGAGCUCGCAUCCGAAGAUAAGCUAGGGCAGCCGUCUGGUCGCCCCAAUCCCCAUGUUCUUUGCAGCAGUAGCCUCUCUCGACGUCCUCUACUGGCAUUUUCGUUGGUCUAUUCGUACACUAAAGUCUGCAAUAUGGAACAAGGCAUCCAUUUCAUUCGGCAACCUGCGGAUCUUGUGGGAACACCCCUCCCCCUGUCGUGACCUGCAGCCAGCGCGUUGGGGCCGUUUCGUUUGCGGUGGCUGUCAGUGUUUCGUGUCCAACACACAUGUCAAUCCAAUGAUGAUGCCAUGGGCGGCGCUGGCAACGGUCGCUCGUGUCGCUCUCAUCUUUCCCUCGCCGACAGACCGGUCCAUAGCUAGACAUAAACGCCCGGCAGGCCCUAGUCUUGGUGAUCUCGUCGCCCGGUCGGGGGCUGCGGCCUAGGUAGAGACCGACGGGCUGACUUACGUGCUGUCUAUU